AUGCAGUGCAACACGCUGUUCUUCCUGCCGAGCCUGUCGUGUCUCUGUCUGGCACUGGCACAAGUUUCCUAUGAUGACUGCUGUCUGAGAUAUGUGACACAUUUGAACCACAAAACUCAGAAACAUGUAGUAGACUACAGACGUCAGGAGACCGAUGGAAGCUGCAACAUCCCUGCCGUUAUCUUCAUCAUGAAGAAGGGGCGAAUGCUUUGCACAAACCCCAAGGAGAACUGGGUCAUGAAACUGAUGAAGAACAUCGACCAAAAAAAAGCCAAACCAUCCAAAACAUCCACCAGGAAGCGUCGGCCAAAAAGCGGCUGAGGGUGACUGCCUGAUACAGUGGCCCCUGUGCGUCGCUCCACCCUCCAGCAAAUCGCUUCAUUAA